GUGCUGGCUGUGUGAAUUAUCAUAUGCAUCCUCUAUGUUGGGUAUGCAUAUAUGGUAUAUAUGUGCCCUUCACCACAGACAACUCUCUCUCCUCUCUUUAGUAUUCCUGCAAGGCAAGGCAGACAGGCCUUUUGUCACGAUGUUAGCUAGAGACCACCGAUAUUAAUAAUCUGUAGUAGCGCCACAACACAUAAUUGAAUGCUUUAGUGUUCAUAUCUGCUGGCUCUCACAUGGGGUUUCAGAUAGAUAGAUCAGAUAAACAGUGUUAUUUUCAGUUGUCAUAAUUGGAGCAAUCUUGACUAAUAUUUACUUGUAGUUCACCAUAACACCACCACCAUAGCCUGAUUCGCUUCUCUUCCCUUCUGCUAGCUAUAUUUCAUAUCAUCAGGACUACUUCUGUUCCCAUUCAAAGCCUUUUCUUUUUUCUUUUUUUAAGGAAAGGAAUUUCUGUUAAUGUUUUAUCAUCAUGCAUGUGUCUAAUUGGUCCAGGAUCGGCCAUGUUAGUUGUGGAUGAGCUUAACUCUCAAGUACCAUAGCCAUAUUACUGACUACAGUUCUCUUGUCCAGUUGCCGAGUGUGAACUUAAAAUAAAGGGCUGGAGGUCAUGUAGAUGAAUGAAACAAAGAAACCAUAUAUGUGUUUUCCACAGACUAGUCUUGACAAGCAGAGAAGAUGGAUUCGGGAAAAUCUAUUAGAAGUCUUGCUGUAUCCCUUCAUUCUCUACUUGGGCUGAAGGCACAUCUGACUUCCAACUGGGUUAAAUCAGUUUCUGAAAUAAUAAAAACCCUUCCAUCUGAAAAAUCAGUUGACAUGCAGCCAACCAAGUCUGAUACCGAUGAUGAUGGUGAUUCAAUUUCAAAAAUACAAGAUGAACUGACUGUCUUGAAUAACCACAUAAACCAACUGAACAUAAAGAGGAUGCAGAUCCUAAAUGAGUUCUUGGACUUGAAAGGGAACAUCCGUGUAUUUUGUCGAAUAAGACCUAUCGCAUUUGGGGAGAAUUUAGGUCAUUUAAGACCUGUUGUAGCAUCGAAUUCAAAUGAAGUUGUUCUAAAGCUUAUGGAGAAUAAGAGCAAGAGUUACAAUUUUGACAAGGUUUUCCACCCAGGUUCAUCCCAAGAUGAAGUUUUUACAGAAGUUGAACCCAUCAUCAAAUCAGUCAUUGAUGGUUACAAUGCCUGCAUUUUUGCAUAUGGGCAAACCGGCACAGGAAAAACUUUCACAAUGGAAGGUAGUGCAGAUACUACAGGCAUAGUGCCACGGGCUAUUGAGGCUCUGUUUAAGCAAGCAGUGGAUUGUAACCAUGCAUUUCUCAUCAAUUUCAGUAUGCUUGAGAUUUACAUGGGGAAUCUAAAGGACUUGCUUGUCCCCAAACCAACAAAAGCUACAGACCCGAUGCCACCUUGCCUUUCAAUUCAAACAGAUCCAAAGGGAGGAAUUGAAAUCGACAACCUUGUGGCCAUUAAAGUGAACGACUUCAACCAAGCUCUGAGGCUGUACAGAUUGGGUUGCCGAUUCAGAACAACUGCCUCCACAAAUUCCAACCUGACAUCUAGCAGAUCUCACAGCAUGAUACGGGUAGCAAUAACUUGCUUCGAUGCUGCUGAAAGGCGACGGGAAACAAAUAAAUUAUGGUUAGUUGACCUCGGGGGAAGCGAGCGUGUAUUGAAGACAAAGGCAUGGGGCAAAAGACUCGAUGAAGGGAAAGCCAUUAAUUUGUCACUCUCUGCUCUUGGGGAUGUGAUUAGUGCCCUCCAAAGGAAAAGGCACCAUAUACCUUACAGGAAUAGCAAGCUGACACAAGUUCUUAAAGAUUCCUUAGGUGAUGAUUCAAAAACAAUUAUGCUGGUCCAUGUCAGUCCCAAAGAAGAAGAUUUGUGUGAGACCAUAUGUUCUUUAAAUUUUGCAACAAGGGUGAAAAGCGUUCAUCUAGGAAAUGAGGAUACAAUUGAAGCUAAAGAGCAAAAGGGAGUUGCAAUGGCAGAUCUGCAGCAAGAGAUGAAACAUAUUGAAGAUGAACGGCUGCUUGUUAGAAGUGACAUUGAGAAAUUAAACAAGAAAUUAGAAAAUCUAACAGGGACAAAUCCAUCGUCUGAGGAGCAACUGGAGGCAUUCCAUUCUUUAAUCAAAGAACAGCUUACAAAGAGCAGGAUAGUAGAUAUUACAGUGACUCCCUUAUCAAAGGUACCAAGAUUUAUGAGGCCAACCAUUUGCAGCAAAAGAAAAUCUGGGACAGGGCAUCAAACUUCUGAAGGAAGAGAUGACACAGUCCUGACAAGAAGGAGAAGACCAACAUCUCAUCGCGCAGAGUCUGUUAGUUUCCCUGUAAAGGAUCAUUCAGAAUACAAUUCAGACCGCAGCAUUUCCAGAUCUAGCUGUUUGGCUGAGUUGAACAUGAAAAUUAGUGCUGAUAAUGCAACAGAAUGCAGCCAAGACGCAUCCGAAACUGAUUUUAAAUCUAAUGGUCUCCAAGAAAAAGAAAGAGCACCAGGAAGUUUGAUUAGUCAAAAGGUUGGCAUCAGUCACAUCCAGAAAAAUAGCAGUAGACAGGUGAAUAAAAUUAACCAUAUCAAAUUUUCGAAGGUUGAUAAUUGGCUGCAUCUACAGAAGAGUGAAUCCACUCUAAGUAGUUGCAGUCAAAGGACAAAACGGGUUUUAGCUGUUCCAAUUCCUGAGAGGAAACAUAAGACUAAUGUACAGAGCAAAGCAGACGAGAAAGUGCAAGACUAUGUGUAUACAAAGCAAGAAGUUGUCAACCAUGAUAAAUUAAAUAAUCAUGCAACUACAGGGGCAGUUGGAAAGCCCAUAUCAGAAGUGGUCAUUGAAAAACCACUGAAGAUGUUAAGAGAUUUAUUUAAUGAGGACUCAAGAUCCGAUGUUACUACUCCAUUACAGACAACUGGAGGGGAAACAACGAUACAAGUACAGCAUUCUGUGGAUGGCUCAUUAACAGGGGAUAGUGAAAAUGACACCUCUUCUCCACCAGAUGAGUGUUCUCCUAGACUUGAAGAAUGUGAGGAUGGCAACGGGGUCAAUGCUAUGUCAACUACACAGGCACCAGAAGGAAAAAUACAAAGUUCAGAUUGUUUCCUGCUAAAGAACAGUGGGUGCAGUGAAUGUUAUCCAUCUGAGUUAUAUACUACUUCUGUUUGUUCAAAAAGAGAUUCCGGUGUCUCCUUUUCCAUGUUAGAACUGGAAUCAUGCUGUCAGCAAGCACCCACUGAAUCAAAUAUGGAAGACAGUGAAACUCAAGGUUUUUACUCCUUUCAGCCCUCGGACAAAGAGACAAGACAUGGCCUUCUUCAGUUGAAAUCUCAGAGAGCUUUAUUUACGAACAGCGAAAAUCAUGAGGACUUAGCUGUGCCAUUUGGUAAACCAGAAGGGAAAGUACAGAACACAGGAAUAUGCCAUGUUGUUAAGCAGAAAAUCGAGAUUUUAUGCUCCAGUGCUCUUCUAGGAUUAGGACUUUAUAACCUGGGAUUUGACCAUGAUUUCUUCUAUGGUUUAAUGCUUUGAAGCAGCUCCAGUGGAUGACGACCUGUGUAAUGUAUAUAUUUAUUUUUCUGUCUGUAUACAAGAUGCUCAUUUCAACUUUACUAUCCCUGGCAAGGCUACAACAGUGGGAUAUCCUAGAAGCUAUCUUGCGUAAAAAAAUCUUAUGCUGUGAGUCCAAUCUGUAAUUUUAUUUAUUUAUUUAUUUUUCCUGAACGAGAACUCACAAAAUGUAGCAGCAGCAUUAUUUAAAUGGAACUACAUAGGAUUUUGGAGGAA